UCCUAUUCAGCUGGUUUUUCAGAAUUCUGUCGUAUAAUCUUAUUUAUUUUAACCAUCGAACCAGAUUCUAGACAUGGGUCAGGAUUUUCAAUUGGAAUCCAUCUCUUCAGAAUUUGUCAAAAAAUAAUGGGUUGGGAAAUGUGAGCUUCUUAACAUGUAAUCAUAUGUGAACUUAUCCCACCAUAUAAAUUAUUCAACCUUUUCUCGAAGAGUAGAUGGAACGACUUCAAAUGUUCUAAAUACAUUCCGAUGCAAGAUUGCUUGACUUAUAACUACCCAUUAUUCCCCAUAACAUGGGAGAAAUUCUACCCAUUAUUGUCAAUCUGAGUACACGAACCCGAUGGUGUUGGUUAUCAGUUGGCGAUGGAGAGUGAAGAAUCGGGAGAAGAUACAGAUAGUGUCAUGGUUGCAAGGGCGAUGAUGGCUUGUGUGGCGGCUGUCGGAGAAUAUUGUCGUGAAUACAUGUUCAAACAGCCCUCUCGUCAUGGAGAGGAUGAGCGCGCUAGGUUCAUCAACUCUAUCAUUAGGGCCAGUGACUGGGAUUGUGUCACACAACUUAGGAUGAAUUGAGCGACGUUCUUCGAUCUAUGUACCCAGCUACGCGAGAAGGUCGUGUUGCGUGAUACUCGGCGUGUGAGUCUUGAAGAACAGUUAGUAAUGUUCCUAUAUACAUUGGGGCACAAUGUUCGGAAUCGCGUAAUUGGUCAUAGAUUCAUUCGAUCGGGUGAAACUGUGAGUCGCCACUUUCAUAGUGUAUUAGAUGCAAUUGUGUCGCUGUACCCAAUUUUCGUAAAACAGGCUGGACCAGCGACUCCAUCUGAGAUUCAGACAAACACAAAUUGGGCUGCUUACUUUCAGGAUUGCGUUGGGGCAAUUGAUGGUACACACAUUCCUGCUCAUGUGCCUGCCGGUGACCAUGCGAGCUUCCGCAAUCGGAAGGGGGUCCUCUCCCAAAACGUACUGGCGGCGUGUUCAUUUGAUAUGAACUUCAUUUACAUAUUGGCCGGUUGGGAGGGUUCUGCUUCGGAUGCGAGGGUCUUACACAACGCUCUGAGUCGAUCAGAUGAUCCCUUGCUUGUCCCACAUGGUAUUUGGUUAUCUUUUAAGAGAUUGCCAGUCUAUUUCAUCACGUUGACUUAUGUUAUUAUAAACUCAAUGGGACUUUGAUUUAAAUGUGUAGGAAAAUAUUACAUUGUCGAUGCCGGUUAUCCACAUUCACCCGGUUUUAUGGCUCCAUAUCGGGGCGUUCGAUAUCACUUACAGGA